AUGAAGGGGGCUUCCCAUUCGAUGGGCGCCACCGCUCUCGGCUCCCUCAUCUGUUUCGAUCAGUUUGGCCAAAGCAUGGAACCUGUGCUAGAGCUUCCAAAACCACUGGAAGAGAAAGUGGAUUCACCAGAGGAGCAUGGGAGCCAGGAUCCCAGCCUUCCCGAAGGAGGCAAAGGGGCAGCAGCCAAAGCGCAGCCGUCACACCGUAGCGAAGAGCCUCCGUGCCAGCAGCUCCCCUUCCGACCGGAGACCCUGGACCGGCAGGUCUUGGAGUACAUGGAGGCGGCUCUUUUCCUGAGUGCAGAAGAACAGCAGAGACGAUGGCUUUCCAUUCUGACCACUUUUCUGAAGUGGAAGGGGGAGCUGGAUUCUGACGGUUACCUGCUGCUCAAAUCAACCUACCUGCUUUCACUCUACAGCUCGGAACUCCGGUGGAAUAUAAUCAAGUCUGGGUUGCCUGCGACGUUGCUGCAGUGCCUGCACCUCUUCUUUGUGUCUUCCCCGGAGGCGUCUCCUGGCGACAGGGAGGAGCAUCAGGGCCCACGGAAGACCCAGGACAUGUUGGUGCAGACAAUGAUCAACAUUUAUGCAGAAAAACAAGGAGUGGAGAUGCUUCUUACGUCUGGUCAUCUUAAAUCUUUGAUCAUAGCAAGAUCCUCUCUCUGGGACCGAGGCAGCCCUGGGUGGAAACAGCCCGUAAGCCAAGUGCUCCGAACGAUUUCAGAGGCCCUUUCCACGACCACAAUUUCAUACCUGCAAGCUACAGAUUGCAUCAAAACUUCUAUUCACAAUUUGUCAGAACUUGAUGAUUCCUUGCCUACUUGGGAAGUAUGUGAAUCCAUCAAUAUUAUCCUGCAUUUUGUGAGGAAUUCCUACCCGAUUUCCCCAGCCUUGCUUUUGGAGUAUGAGAACAAUGGAGGGCACCAGCUGCUGUUGGAUUUUUUUUUAAGAUAUGAAGGGCCACUGGACAAAAAAGAGAAUGCCAGCAUCAGGGAGACGCUGGACUUAGUGACACAACUGACCCUUUGUGGGGAAACUGAACUGAGUGUUUCACGCAAUGUUGUAUAUCCACAACUGCCACAGUUUGAUGAGAAACAGCCCGUUUCUUCUGGAAAAAGAAUAAGGAACCUGAAAGCUUUUCAAGUACUAGAACUGCUUUUUCAGAAAUCCAACAACCCAAAUCUCUGCCAGUACAUUUUGCUUGUACUGAAAUCCAUCUGGAUGUGGGACCCCAUGAAUUUCUUCCUGCUUGAGUGGUCUCUGCAGCCCAUCUGCCAGUUUGUGGGGGUCAUCCCUCUCAAGCCCUUCCUGGUCCAAGUUCAGUUCUUCCAGCUGGUGGAGUCGGUGGUGGUGGACCUGUCUUAUAUCCCUCAUGAGAUCUUGAAGAAGGUUCAGUGUUUGGUCAACGAGAAGGCCGAGCCCGUAUGCGCCUCGCUUGCCUUGGGCUGCCUCCACAGCGUCACACAGAGAGACCCCCUCUUGACGGACAUCUUCCGAGAUUCAGGACUUUUAGGAAUGCUGCUUGUUCAAUUGCGUAAAGAAGCCAAAAGACUGAUAAAGAAAGGAAGCAUCCAAGCAGGUCCUCAGGUGUCGGAAGUGGAGGAACUCCUCAAAAUGAUGCUGAAGAUGACGGCCGCUCUGGUGGUGGGAUCUGUUAGGAACACAGUCAUUCUCAGGGACUACGGCAUGGUGCCUUACAUCAAGAUUUACAUGGAUAAUGAGCAGUACCGAAGUGAUGCCGUGAAGAUCCUGGAGCAACUGUCCAUCGUCAAUCCUGAGGAGUACAUGAGCUCCAUUGUUGGGGCUCUCUGCUCCGCUACCCAGGGCGAACUGCACUUCAAGUUGGAUCUGCUUAAAUCUCUCUUGAAGACCCUGGCGAACCCCAAGGGCCGCUCUGCCUUCAGAACCAGCAGUGGUUUCAAUGGGCUGUUUUCCCUUCUGGCUGACAUGGAAGGCGCCUUGCAGGACCCGCCUUCGGGCGUCUGGGCCUCCGUUGCUCAUAGCCACCUGCUGGAGCUGAUCCUGCGCAUUCUCCAGACCACGGCGGCCGCUCUUUACUUGGACCCUGCCAAUGCAGACUUCUUCCAGAAGAACGCUCUCUUUGAGAGGAUGGCGGAGGACCUUGGCCUGCUUGGCUGCUUUUCAGCACAAAGGCCACGAGGUGAGGACUCGAUGAUGGUGUGUCCUGGAGCCCUGUGUGUCAUGGUGACACUGAUUGGCAAACUCUACAAUGAAGCUUAUCCAGAGUUGUCCCUGGAGAUCCAGUUCGCUGCAGCUAACCACAUUCAAUCCUCGAUGGGCUUGGAGAAAAACCGCCAAGCGGCUUGUGCAGCUGGCCUGCUGGGCAGCCUCGUCGGCUCCUGCGCAGAAGUUCUGCACGACGCGAGCAGCCCCCUCCACCCGCCCCUCAUCCGGCUCUUCGAGAAGCUCGCCUCCCAGUCCAUUCAGCCCGGGGUCUUGAGACAAUUUCUGUCCCUACGGAUGAUGUCCCUUCCCAUCGCUGCCCCACCCCAUGUGAACCUCCCCCUGGCACCCCUAAGUGACAAAGAGGAAUUGGGCCGAGUCCAGAGCAGGGCAGCCCAGAAGAUUGUGGAUCUGCAAACCAAACCCUACGAGAAGCAGCUAAAAGGUUCUGGAACAGCUGCAUGGAAUGACAGCACAAAGCCUCCUCACGCCCCGUUGGGCUCUGACACCCCCACGGGCUCUGCAAUGGCUCUCCAAACGGCCAUGAGCCUUAUUUCCUUGACAACACCACGCAGCCUGCACCUGCAGAACGCCUGCCUGGCGCCUUCCUUCGUGGAGUUUGACAUGUCCCUCGAAGGAUACGGACAAUUUCUGUGCCUACGGAUGAUGUCCCUUCCCAUCGCUGCCCCACCCCAUGUGAACCUCCCCCUGGCACCCCUAAGUGACAAAGAGGAAUUGGGCCGAGUCCAGAGCAGGGCAGCCCAGAAGAUUGUGGAUCUGCAAACCAAACCCUACGAGAAGCAGCUAAAAGGUUCUGGAACAGCUGCAUGGAACGACAGCACAAAGCCUCCUCACGCCCCGUUGGGCUCUGACACCCCCACGGGCUCUGCAAUGGCUCUCCAAACGGCCAUGAGCCUUAUUUCCUUGACAACACCACGCAGCCUGCACCUGCAGAACGCCUGCCUGGCGCCUUCCUUCGUGGAGUUUGACAUGUCCCUCGAAGGAUACGGCUGUUUCUUUAUCCCAAGCGUGGCCACCAUUCUGGGCCAAAGCACCGAACGCUCCGUUUUGGGAGGAACCGGAAAAGGCAUCAGGCGGUUCCCUCCACCGGAUGGCCUGACUUUUUCUUCCUGGUUUAUGAUCAAUAAGAUGAGUUCUGCUCGUGAUUACCACCCGCUACGUUUCCUUACUUUGGUGCGUCACAUGGCAAGAACCGAAGAAGUCUUUGUUUGCUUUGCUGUGAGGUUUUCUCCCACGGAAGGUUGUCUAACCAUCUCAACGGAGGAAGUGGCAUUCGAAGCUUUAGACACAAUGGUGCCCGACUUUGAAGAUGAGACCUCUCUCAUGUGCCAGGCUCAGUUCAGAUGUGCCCCACUGCUUGUGACCGGGCAGUGGCAUCACCUUGCUGUGACGGUGGCAAAAGAAACGAAGCAGAUCUGCACCGUUUCGGCCUAUCUGAACGGCAGCCUGGUGGGCUCUGCGAAGAUGCAGUACAUCCGGUCACUGCCAGGGAGCUUCACUUCUAUGGACCCUGCUUCUUUUAUCGAUGUCUUUGGCUUUGUGGCUACACCGCUGAUGUGGAAAAAGAGGUCCUGCUUGUCUUGGCGCCAAGGCCCCAUAUUCUUAUUUGAAGAAGUUCUGUCCAUGAAAAUUCUGCAGCUUAUGGAAAAACUUGGUCCGAGAUACUACAGCAAUUUCCAGGCUGUGCAGCUUAGAGGCUCCCAUGGCCAUGUGCAGAUGGCUCCUUUGUUGCCACCAGAGAAGAUUUCCUUUGGAAUCAACGCCAGAUGCUCAUUGUAUACAACAGUUAAAGGCAUAAAAGACAGCUAUGGUGAAGUGGAUGGACGUCUGGUCGCUAAAGAGCUGAAGCUGUUUUCCCGUGAUAAUACAACACCUGUUUUCAUGGCUCAAAAUACGGCUGCAGAGCUCCCUGGGUGCUUAAGAACAAUUGGAGCCGUUGUGGUGGGCCAGCACGGAACGCGGGUCUUCCAGUCCUGUCCGGCAGUGGUCAGUCUGAACUACCUGGGUGGCCCUUCUCUUCUGCUGGCUCUGCUGGCCAGGGCUCAGGAUGACCACGCUGUUUAUGCGGCUGUCAAGGUCUUGCAGACCGUCCUGAGCUGCAGCGCAGUGAGCGAAAGCCUCAUGCGGGGAGGCGAUGGGUAUCAGAUUCUGGCAUAUCUGUUGAAAAAAAAGGCCCACCUAUUAAACAGCAGAAUUCUGCAUCUCGUUCUUUCCAUUGGAGGCCCCUCGGAAGCCGGCUUAGAACAGCCGACGAUCAAGAACGUGGAGAUCUUCCAACAUAUUGUGUGCAAUUUUCAGCUCUGGUGCCCUGCCUCGGAAAAUCUGGACCUCCCUCUGUUUAAACAUCUCACGGAAGUCCUCCAGUCCUCCAGAGAAAAGAGUUCCACCGUGACCCUCAUCCAGCAGGCGCAGAUGGUGCCCAAGCUUCUCCUUCUCCUCAGGGACUCUGGGAUCCCAACCUCUCGCGUCCGUCGGAUCUCUGCCCUCCUCUGCCAUUCACUUCAGGGCCACUUCAGCAUCAAGGAUUUGCACUGGAUCAGCUUAUUCUUGGUUUACACUUUAUGUCCUGCAUCUAUUGAUGAAAAUGAGAUCUUCUCCAAUAGUAUUCCAGAGUCAUUUGGACAAGAUUUAACUCAGACACCUGGAAAAAUGGUUUGGCUUCGAAAUCAGUUGUUGAGCAUGCUGCUGGAUGUAAUUCAGCCAGGUGAACUUCAUUUGUCCUCUGAGAUCCAAGAAAAAAUGUUCCAGGCCUUGGGCCCUGACUGGUUCCUGAUGUUUAUGCAAAGUCAUGUACAUGAAACCACAGUUGUACUGGCAGCCAAAUUGCUUUUCCAUUUCUUGCACAACCGUGCACACCUGCAUGAGUUCAGAGAAGGGAUGAUGGCGGGCCUGUGGCUGAGAAGCAGCUUAAAGGGGCUGGACAAUUUGAAGAGUUCUCCCCAGUUAUUUGAGUAUCAUCCAUAUCCGCUCUCUGGAUUAAUGGAGCUGAAGAUGUUCCUGAGCUACUCACUCCACAUUCCGGAGAUUUACCUCCUUCUCUCAGGACUUCUUCUGGACACACCGCUGUCCAAGCCACCAGAUGAAACCCAACUUCACGAGAUGUUUAUUUUCCAGGCAGGUUUGGGUGCAACACUAGAGUGGCUGCUGUGCAACCAUCACACAGGGAUGGUGGUCAAAGCCGGCUUGUGCACAGAAGCCGCUGUUCUGCUGCUGGAGAUGGUCUCGUCCCUCACGAGGCAGAUUCCAGCAGAGGGAGAGGAUUCUUGGCAAAGCAGCUUCACAAAGGACGUCCUGCACUUCAUCCACCUGGUGUACCACAGAUACCCUCAGGACCCCCUCUGGUCCAAUCCUCACUUCCUCCAAGCCGCGGCCUUGGCUGCCUUCCCCGCUGGGCCAUCCCAGCCUCCAGCUAGGAAAGAAGUUUGGGACUUGAUUCAGCGUCUCCUGAGGGGAAUAAUGCUGCUGGACUGGAGGGACAAAAGGUGGCCCCCGCUGGAGUUCAUUCUUGAGGCCUCUCCAGAGAAUGCUGCUAUUGAGCAAAAGACGUCCUUCCAGACAGAGCUAUUGCUUUCCAUUAUACAGAUUGUCUACAACCUUGGUCAAAAUUACAAGGAAGCCUCCGGUUUAACAGGAAAUGGUGAUACCAGGAACAUUUUGGAAUCUGCCAGGCCUUAUUUUCUCAUAAAUGUCUGCUAUUUUACUCAGAAGCUGGUAGGCAAACUUCAUGAGGGAAUGUGUGUCACAGACCCGAGGAAGACCAUCCUUUUCAUUGCAGAGCAAGUGCAGCUGGUAACAAGAAAGCUUUUUCUCCACAAAGAAUCAAUUUUGAGCAACUUGUACAACUGUUUGAACCGCAGCAUCUUGUACUAUUUAUCGGAACCCUUUUCUGGGUCACAAAGUCUUCUGGAAUUUCUGCACACUCUUCAGACGCAAUGGGACGUCAUCUUUGCGGCACACAAUUCUAGCCUGGAUUUCAUCGCAAGCUUUUUGUAUUGCCUGCUGCAGCUGAGAUCCAUGAGACCCCUGGAUCUGGAAGUGAUGCGUGGCCCUUUUGUUGAUGUGAUCCUUCCACACCAAAGCAUGUUUGCAUUUCAUUUAUUUCUAGUUCAGCAAGAGAUCCAGAGGGCAGCUGAGGAAAUCUGGCUCCGGCUUCUUUCUGGGAGAAGAAAAGAUUUAGAGGACGCAUAUAAAAUCUCUUUAUUUAAAGAGAAAGGCGAUGGAGAAGAGACAAUGAAGAUGGCUGACGUAGCUCCUCUGUGGGAAGAAGCCAUGAGGAAGACCUGUCGGGGCUUUCUAGAUCUUCCCUCACUUUGGACCAAAAGCUUCCCUGAAGGGUUUCCUCUCAGAAUAAAUGCCUUUCCACCGACACGUCAGAAUCGGAACUUCUCUCUCCCUACAGAUUUUACAUCAUAUUUAGAAAAAUGCAGGAGAACUGGCCAAGAACUCUAUGCAGCUUUGUGCAAGGAUCACGUUGAGAGAUUGCUGUGCAUGCACUCUAAGUCUGCCAAAGCCUGGACUGAGCUUGAAGAUCGGCUUUUGAGGAAGGGGGGCCUGUGGGGCUCUGCAGUAGCUUCUCCAGUCGCAAGGUGGGUCCUGGAUGCCUACGAAGGUCCUGCUCGGAUGAGGAAGAGGAUCCAGUUCAAAGUCGCCCACGAUACAGCGGAACCACUGGAAGACAAGGCUCCCCAGACACGGAAGGCGGCCUCCCCUCCAGCUCUUGUGGCAGAUCAAGGUGAACGACCAGCCCUGAGCAGAGAAGCAGAAGCAGGUCGGGAUCAGCUGACAUUUUUUCCUGCCCUGCAUGAACAUCUCCAUUCGGAGGAGUUCUUGGAAGUCUGUGUGGAAAGGACAAUCGUCCUCCAGGAAUUAGUACAAGAUGAAAAGAUCACCUGCCGGCUGUCCGUGGUGAUGGUUGACGGACACGUAGCGUUGGAAGGGGCGGUUCUCUUUGGCCGGGACCAUUUCUACCUCUGCAAGCAUUUUACUCUGUCCCACCUGGGGGACGUUUAUUGCACGCGCCACUGCUUGUCCUGCAUCAGUGAGCCAUUCAUUUACAACUUGUGCCACGCAACGGAGGCCGUGGCUGUGGAGCCCACGUGUUCCUGCCAUUCCUACGGUGACAUUCGGGAGAUCCGGCCGAUGCGUUUCCUUCUGCAGGAGAUCGCACUGGAGGUCUUCUUAAACAACGGCUAUUCCAUGUUCCUUGUAUUCCACAACAGCGACAGGAAGAAGGUCUUGACAAGAUUUUGUUCAAUGAAGUCAAAAGGCACCACAGAUGAGUCUACUAAUAUAAGAAAACAGUCGGGGGGAAAAAAGUCCAUGCUGUUGAAGUGGCAGAGGAGAGAGAUCGGCAACUUUGAGUACCUCAUGCACCUGAACUCCCUGGCGGGACGGACCCACAGCGACCUCAUGCAGUACCCCGUGUUUCCCUGGGUCCUUGCAGACUACCACUCCCAGGCUCUGGACCUGGCCAAUCCCAGCACCUUCCGUGACCUUUCCAAGCCCAUGGGGGCACAGACGGAGGAGAGGAAAGAGAAAUUCAUCCAGCGCUUCAAAGAAGUGGAGAAGACUGAAGGUAACCUCUCGGCUCAGAGUCACUACUGCACCCACUACUCCUCCGCCAUGAUUGUGGCUUCCUACCUGGUCCGCCUGGAGCCCUUCACAGAAACCUUCCGAUCUUUGCAGGGAGGGGACCUGGAUGUUGCAGACCGCAUGUUCCACAGCGUGAGGAACACCUGGGAGUCAGCCUCAAGAGACAACAUGACGGAUGUCCGGGAACUGAUACCUGAAUUCUUUUACCUCCCUGAAUUUUUAACAAACCACAACCACAUUGACUUUGGACGCUUGCAGGACGGGACCCGGCUGAACGACGUGGACCUGCCACCUUGGGCAGGAGGAAACCCCCACCGGUUUAUUAGGCUGCACAGGCAGGCCCUGGAAAGCGACUACGUCAGCAGCCACCUCCACCACUGGAUCGACCUGAUCUUCGGCUUCAAGCAGCAGGGCUCGGCUGCCGUGAAGGCCGCGAACGUCUUCCACCCCUAUUUCUACAGCGAUCAAGUACAAAUGGACAACAUUGGCGACCCUCUCAUCAAGAGCACCAUCCUGGGAUUUGUCAGCAAUUUUGGACAGAUCCCAAAGCAGCUUUUUACGAAGCCACAUUCCUCCAGAAACGCUGUGAGCCUGAAGAAACAUUCACUGUUUUCUUUCUCUUCCGUAGAGGCACCUCAAGGGCCUGUUGGUCAUAUUGUAUGUACAGAAAAGGGGAUUUUGGCUGUGGAGAAGAAAAGUAUUUUGCUUCCUCCACUGUGGAAUAAAAUCUUUUCCUGGGGAUUCAGUGACUUCACCUGCUGUCUGGCUGAUUCUGGAUCAGACAAGGUAAUAGUGAACUACAGAUUGCUACCUGCCCCCGCUGACUGGGGCGACUGUCUCUGCGCUGUGUCUCCCACCCCCGGCACCCUCGUCACCUCUGGAAGCAGCUCCGUGGUUUGUGUCUGGGAUCUCUGCAGGAGCACGGCGGGAGCCACGGCUUUACUUCUGAAACAGCCUCUAUAUGGACACACCCAGCCGGUGACCUGCUUGGCCGCCUCCACGGCCUACGGCCUCCUGGUGAGUGGCUCUGCGGACGGAUCCUGCAUCUUCUGGGACCUGAACCGGUUGACGUGCCUCACCCGGCUUCCUGCCCACGAGGCCGGCCUCUUGGCGGUUGCCAUCAAUGAUUCAACGGGCGAGGUGGCUUCGUGUGCCGGAACGACCCUGUGCCUGUGGACAGUCAACGGGCAGCCCCUGGCCAGAGGAGAGGCUCCCUUAAGGCCCGGAGGGAUCAUCUCCUGCUGCUGCUUCUUUGACGUGAAGGACUGGGAUGUGCAGAGCCUCCUGGUCACGGGGGACACGGAUGGCUGCGUGCAGAACGGCAUGUUGUCAGCCUGCACUGCACUUCCUUCUACUANCCCUCGAAGCCAUUUGCUCUUGAGGUGUUUGCAGCAGCAGCAGCAGCCGCCAGAUAUUCAUUCCCCCGUUUGUUUUGCAACACUGGAAAGAAUGAUUAGUCCAACACAGGAGCGCGGCAGAGCGGGGAGAGCGGCGCUCGUCCUCCGCCCAGAGCGGCUGCUUCGCCCCAGCCCCGCCGAGGGAGCCGCCCGGCCCGCCGCGCCCGUCACCGCCCUGGCCGCCGCCAGAAAUUAUUCCAAGCUUCUGGCUGGCAAUGAAGAUGGGAAGGUCUGCUGUUGGUCAAUUGAUGAGUAG